GAUUUUUUAACAAUUAAUUCUCAGCAAUAACAACCAAAACGCGUAACAUUCAUAAGGAAUGAAUGUCUGUGUAGCGAUUUUUUUCUAUUACUGAAAUCAGUCUAAAUGUAUUUAUAUUAAGCUGCACCUGUAAUAGGUGAAUCAAACUGGAUCAGAGAUGGGGAUGGGCGUUCCCUUUAAGUCGCGGAUUUAUGCAACAUCAUCCCACCUGCCUCAGCUGCAGGCAGCCGUGGACAUCGGACCCCACGCACCGUGGAUCCAGAGCGGGCCCCGAGGGACAAGGCACCAUACGUUGGUAAUGACGACCAGCUAAUCCUGCAUCAUCUCCCAUCAUGUCACUGCGGCACUAACAACUGAGGCGGGAUGCUGCAGGAACACCUCCUCCUCCUCCUCUCCAUCCUCCUCCUCCCUGCCUCCACAGGAGCGCUGUUGUUUUUGGACUCUCCUGUCGCUGAUGUCCGAUGCAGAGACUCGUAUGGGAUGAAAGACUGCAGAGGAAGAUAAAAAAGCAGCGAAAUCCCUCUUUGGUUCCUCUCCACGCCUUGUAUUGUUGUCGGUCACCAUGUCUCCCCCAGCCUCUGCUGCGACAGCCAGUGAAAGCAGCACCACCACCGUCUAUGAGGAGGACACCAGGGAGGAGCAAAGACCCCUGAAGCAAUCACUGAGCAAGUCUUUAUGUCGUGAGAGUUUCUGGAAAUGCCUGCUCCUGUCUGUUCUCAUGUACGGCUGCAUGGGAGCUAUGGUCUGGUGCCACGUCACCAAGGUGACCAGGCUCACCUUUGACAGCGCCUUCAAAGGGAAGUCCAUGAUGUACCACGACAGCCCUUGCUCUGAUGGAUACAUCUACAUCCCCCUCGCCCUGUUGGGUAUGCUCUACCUGGUGUAUUUAGUGGAGUGCUGGCACUGCCACGUGAAGAAUGAGCUCCAGCACAAAGUGGAUGUUGAGAGUAUCUUUGAGCGCAUCCAAAGGAUGCAGCAAGCAAAGCCAUGCAUCUGGUGGAAGGCCAUCAGCUACCACUAUGUGCGCCGAACUCGACAGGUAACUCGCUAUCGAAACGGAGAUGCUUAUACCAGCACUCAGGUGUACCAUGAGCGUGUCAACACCCACGUGGCCGAGGCUGAAUUUGACUACGGUCACUGCGGAGUCAAAGAUGUUUCCAAACAGCUUCUGGGCCUGGAGAAGUGUCCUCUCACUAAGAUGAGAUUUACCAAGUGCUUUAGUUUUGCCAACGUGGAGUCUGAGAACUCAUACCUGACUCAAAGAGCCAGGUUUUUCACCGACAAUGAGGGCCUGGACGACUACAUGGAAGCCAGAGAGGGCAUGCACCUGAAAAACAUCGACCUAAAGGAGUACGUCAUGGUGCUGACCGACCCGGAGCACCACCCCUGGUAUCUGUCCCAGUAUGUGUUCUGGUUUGCUUCCUUCCUCACUUUCUCCUGGCCUCUCCGGGUCUUCACUGAAUACCGCACUGCUUAUGUUCACUAUCGUGUUGAAAAGCUUUUUGGUCAAGAUUACCUUCCUGUUACCCCGUGUGACGAUCGGCCAUAUUGGCGCCGCAUCCCCCGUGUCAACACCAUUGACAGUACAGAGCUGGAGUGGCAUAUUCGCUCAAACCAGCAGCUGGUUCCCAGUUACUCAGAGGCCGGCCUAAUGGAUCUGGCCCAGUGUCCAAACAGCUUCAGCGGGAUCCGUCAGAACUGUGAGCGCUGCCACCGGGCCAUCAGCUGCUCCUCUGUGUUCUCCAGGAGCGCUCUCAGCAUCUGUACCGGCGCCAGCUCCCGCAUCCCAUUCAGUGGCAGUCGCUUCUCUCUAGCUCGCCGUUACGGCUCCCAGCGAAGCUGCCUCUGGAGGAGCGGCAGCUUGGAUGACCAAGAGAGCCCCAGCGAAAACACCCGGUGCCUGUCAGAGCGCCUCGCCACGGACGACGAGGAGCCUCCACACUACGACGACGCUCUAUGCUACCCGGUGCUCAUUGUCCACUGUAGCGAGAACUGCCACAACCACAGAUCUUUCCACAGAAACGGCUCCUGUGUGGAAACGUCCUUAUGAGAAAUACAUUGACACCUCUGUAGCAUGCAUUCACAAUGAAUAACAGAAAAAUGACUGAGUUCUCAUUACGUAAACCGCCAAAGCAAUAAGAGCGGUCUGCUGGCGUACAGUAGAAGAAAGAGGAAAACUAAAUCAGAUCAACUUCCAAUGGCAACCAAGGAGACAAAGACUGUUACACUGUCAUCACCAUAUCUAAGAUUUGAACACAACAUAUGAAGCCUAAACCUUCAGUUACCUCAUAAGGCGGUUGAGAUAACUCCAGUCAUGUUUCCUCAUAGAUGGAUAAAGUGGGGGUGAAUUUGACUUGCAGCUACAGCAAUAACAGUGACAACAACAAAUGAGGAAAAUCCAGUAAAGACAAUGUUUAUGCUCAUCACAGAGAUGCUGAUCAAUAAAAAAAAGUUCCAAAAUCACCAAGACAACUUAUCACUUAGAGAUAAAGCAUUUCUCAUUCUUCUAAAGUGCUGUAAUUCAUGUUGUAAAUCAUCAUCAUCAUCAUCGGUUUUCCAGAAAGCCUUUUACAUCCAGACAACAUUUCGUUGUUGAGCAGCUAAAUGCAAUAACACAAACCUCUCCUGUAAAUUCACAAUCAUCCAUAUUCAAACAGAAAUACAUAGUCUGAAUCAUUUUUGUUCUAAUUAUAAUUUCUGCUGCCUACUGCCACGACUGAAGCUGACAACUUGUGCUACUAACCAAUCAGGUGGACAAAAAAGACAACAAAAAAAUGGUUUACCAAAAAACCAUCAGCACAUUUGAGCAGAUGGAUGUUAUCUGUGAGCCAAAUCUAAGCAUGGUGGAAAGAUCUUAACAAGAUGAAAGCCAUGUCUAACAUUGCAUGAUCUCCUACUGCUAAGACACUGUGUUAAGAAACCAUAAAAUGUACAUGAAUGUAAACCACCAGCAUUAUUAACUGUAUGUCCAUUCUGUGUGCAUAGUGAAUGAAUAAUACUCCAUUUCCUACAUGUAAAAUGGGUAUUUUACAGUCUGAUAUAACAAGAAAAAACAAAGAUGCACUAUAGUGGUGCGGAUGGAAACUUUUUUUCAGUGUUUCAGUGGGUUUUACAAACUGUUUAUGCAAAAAAAAACAUCAAUGCACUUACAUUAAGACAUGCAAAAAUCAACAAAUCAUACAAUAUGGAUUAAACAAACCAUCUUAUACAGAUAUAUUGUAUGCAUUCUACUACAUAACAGCUUGUUCUUUCAUUGUUUUAAAUAAUGUAGGGACAUCAGUAUUAUGCAUAUGAUGCAACUAGACACUAUAACCCGUAGUGGAGCAGAAUGUUGAUGAAAAUUAUUUACACACACACAAAAGAAGUAAAUAUUCUAAAUUGGCAGUGUUGAUAUAAUAAAGUGGGCUGUAUUUAUGAAACAGAUUCUCUUGUCCAGUAUAUUUGAAUUUGAAAUAAGGUCAGCAAAUGAAAACUGCAAUAAAUGUCCGGGACUCUCCCGUUGUGUGGUUAUAAAUAAUGCUGGUGCUUUUAUUGACCGGUGGGUAAUUCAAGACUUGUUUUUUUCUUUUAUCCCCCAGAUGGUUGUAUGCAUCAACUAAAAA